GUGUAUUGAUGCACGACAAUGUACACAAAUGUAUAGAUCUUGGCGAUAAGCCAGAUCACCUAGGACGUGUAAACACCAAACCAAACUUACUUCCUAGUCUGGGAAAUAUCGGUGUGGGACCAUAUGUGUUUUUUCUUACAGGGCAUACAAGGGACUUCAAAGUGAAAGAUCCAGCUUCUACCAUACAGAAUGGCCACGCUGACCACCCAGGCACAGGAGGUCAUCAACUGUGACCUUUGUGUCCAACCUACCUAUCAGUUCUGUAACAGGUGUCAACUCAGUUUGUGUGUGGACUGUGUUAGUAAACAUGUGGACAAGCUUAAGUACGAACCGCAUGACAUUGUUAAUUUCAAAGACAGAAAGAUACGAUUAGCUUUUCCCGAGUGUGAAUUUCACUCCAAUCAGAGAUGUGAGGCCCACUGCCAAGAAUGCGAUGUUCCAGUUUGUCUGAAAUGUAUUCUUGGUCCCCAUAAUGGACAUAGAUAUAUAGAUCUGUCCGAUAUUUUCAACAAGAAAAAAGAUAUUGAAAAGGAAACCCAGGAAAUUGAAUCUAUUAUCAUUCCUCAGUACAGUAAGAAAAAUGAAGAAUCAGAAAACAAAUUAUCACAAAUAAAGGCAAAAUUAGAUGAAAUGGAAAAAGAACAAGAGAAGCAUAGACAAAUCUGGCACCAAGAAGUAGACACCAUUUUCAACAAGCUGGGUUCCAUGAUCAAAUCCAUGAAAGAGAAUCUCCUGGCUGCUGUAAAAUCUCACCAAUCCAAAAUAAAAAGUCAAAUUCCAGACAUGAACCAAAAAGUUCAACAAAACAAAGAACUUCUGAAGUCAAACAAAGUGUCUGCAGUUUUUAACCACAAAUCCAAACUCGAGGAAUAUAGGAAAAUGCCAGCUGAUAUUGAUGUCAAGCUGCCAUCACUCAAAAUCAACGCAGUCCAAGGGAAAGAAGAACUCAACCUGGAAUUAGAAGAAUAUAAGGUUAGCCUGACACAGACAACACUGUCCAGUCUGACAGAUGAAGGUUCCCAUAAAACUUUGCAAAAGUUAUUAGACCAAGCCAAAUCAGUUACAUUAAUUCAAACUGGAAUUAAUUCUUUAGGUCCCGUUGCCUGUGUGGGAGAGGAUGCAGUCUGGGUUAGUGGUGAAGAUAAAACCAUAAGACGCAUUGACAUACACGGGUCUGUACGGGACACAGUCACCACCAGGUAUAAAACCAGGCCGAAUGGUAUCACAGUGACCAGACAGGGAGAAUUGGUAUACUGGUAUACAGUGAUGGUUACAAUAGAACUGUGAACAUUGUCAGACACAGGAGAAUAGAGACACUGAUAACCACACCACAGGGCUGGAAACCAGCCAAACUAUGCUGUACUAAGACAGGGGACAUCCUAGUCAGUAUGUAUACUUUUGGUAAAAGCCAGUUAAAUAAAAUUGUCCGUUAUCAGGGACACACAGUGAAACAGGAAAUAGAUAGAGAUGAAGAUGGAGAACCAAUCUAUAAAGGAGGGAAACGCCCACUCUGUGUGGUGGAGAACAACAAUGGAGACAUCUGUGCUUCUGAUAAUAAUGCUAAAGCCGUGGUCGUUGUGGACAAGUUAGGAAGAGUCCGAUUCCGAUACGACGGUACACCAGCUAGGAGGAAGGAGUUAUUCAAUCCUGGAUAUAUAGUGACAGACUCCACGAGUCAGAUCAUUGUGACAGAUUACAACAAUGACUGUCUGCACAUUCUGGAUCAGAACGGACAGUUCCUGAGAUGUGUGGACAAUUUUGGACUAGAUUAUCCUAAUGGACUGACUGUGGACAGUGAAGGAAGGCUUUGGGUUAGUUCAUUCAGGAGAAGUGAAAGUGAUCCAGGGCAUGAAAUAAACACAUCUCCUAUACAGGCAUCAGAUAAUGACAGAGUUCACAAAGUGCUCUUGAUACAUACAUGUCUUGGGAAUAUUUACUUUUCUUUGUUUAAGACGCAAAUUGUUCAAUUUCUCAAUCAAAUACACAUGUAUAAUCAAUGCUUUAUAAAGCAUAAAUGGUCCAAUGGCCAUACUACUCAC